CUCACAGCUGUAAACAGCCAGAGACACCAAGUCAUGCUAAUGUUGCAGGAAUGGAUCUUCCCUCACUUGGUUAUACAUUGAUUUACACUUGUCAGCCAGGCUUCUUCCUGGCAGGAGGAUCAGAGCACAGAGCCUGCAGAUCUGAUGGCACAUGGACUGGGAAAGUUCCAGUUUGUGAAGCUGGUUCCAAAAUAUUAGUGAAGGAUCCCAGACCAGCUUUAGGAACACCAAGUCCUAAACUAAGUGUUCCUGAUGAUGUAUUUGCCCAAAAUUAUAUAUGGAAGGGAUCUUACAAUUACAAAAGCAAGAAACAGCCCAUGACUUUGACAGUAACCAGUUUCAAUGCAACUUCAGGAAGAGUAAAUGCAACCCUUACAAACAGCAAUAUGGAAUUGCUGUUAUCAGGAGUGUAUAAAAGCCAGGAAGCUCGGCUAAUGCUCCACAUAUAUCUCAUUAAAGCGCCCUCCCAUACAUCUGCGAGCAAGUUGAAAGAGGAAAAAUGGGCUAUGGAUGGUUUUGUGAGUUUCUGCUGA